AUGACGGGUAGUACUCGUGUCAACGCAGAAUUAGAAAGGAAAAAGGUUGAUUGUACGAUAAAAGCGAUAGAAAGCAAUAUACCGAGUAGUAAAAUAGGCUCGCCUGAACAGUAUAAGAGAUAUACUAUUUACAUACUACAACAUUUAGAGAUCCUGUUCUCAUUCUACGAGCCUGGUAUGGGUGAAACAAGAUUCCGUCUGUAUCAAAGGCAGCAAGCGUGCUGCAGAUACGAUGUAUCCUUGUUUGCAAAACCUGUAAGAUACUAUGGAACCGCGAUGUCAAUGCAGCAAAAAAACAUGAUGGCUAUCAGCAUUUCGGUAUGGAAAGACAAGAAACGUCCUACGGAGUUCAGCCGGAAGACAACCUCUUAA